AACCACCACAGCAGCACCAACAACAACCACAACAACCGCCCCCACAACAACAACUACAGCUGCCCCAACCACAACCACAACAGCUGCCCCAACAACAACCACAACAACCGCCGCCACGACAACAACCACCACAGCAGCACCAACAACAACCACAACAACCGCCCCCACAACAACAACUACAGCUGCCCCAACAACAACCACAACAACAGCUGCCCCAACAACAACCACAACUACAGCUGCCCCAACAACAACCACAACUACAGCUGCCCCAACCACAACCACAACAGCUGCCCCAACCACAACCACAACAGCUGCCCCAACAACAACCACCACAGCAGCACCAACAACAACCACAACAACCGCCCCCACAACAACAACUACAGCUGCCCCAACAACAACCACAACAGCUGCCCCAACAACAACCACAACAGCCACACCCACAACAACAACUACAGCUGCCCCAACCACAACAACUACAGCUGCCCCAACAACAACCACAACAACCGCCGCCACGACAACAACUACAGCUGCCCCAACAACAACCACAACUACAGCUGCCCCAACAACAACCAC